GGUCUAUCGGCCAUCUUUACUGUGAGCUGUCGUGUUGGUGAAGUUGCCUAGGUGUUUUCAAUCCUCAUCAUAGCAUUGAAGUUGCUUGCCCGGAGUUAAGUUCAUAAUUCAAACCAGUUGAAAAUGGCUUUGCAAUUUGGUCCACAGUGGUUGCGAGACCUGUCUGAUGCAGGGUCUGGGACCCCCACAUGUAGUGUCAAGUUCAAGUUAGCAGACUAUCGCUAUGGAAGAGAAGAAAUGUUAUCCUUGUUCUCUGAGUCUAGCCCUCCCCCCGACCAGGUCCGGAAACACCUGACAAUUUUCUCCAAAGAUAUCCAGAAACCAAUGACUAUGAUGCCGUUGUCUGAAGAUGAACAGCGCCUUAUCUCACAAGGAUUUAACAGUACCGUGGUGUUGAGAGCGGCUGGCCGGCCCAGUGGCCCCCCACUCCGAGUCAGCCGGGGUGGGGGGACUGUGGACAGGGGCCGGGGGAGAGGACGUGGUCGUGGGGAGGGCUAUAAUCCACGAGCUAUGGAGAAUGGAGACAUUGGGUACAGUCGCUCAACACAGGAUGGUUGGGAACAUGUUGGCAGGAAAUUUGAGCGCAGUUUUUCAAGGGGUUACGAAGAAACGGGAUCAACAAAACGAGAAUUCUCCAGGUCAUCCAGUGAUAACUGGAGGGACAAGAGACAUGAGGACGAGGAGGAUGAUGACGGUGCAAGCUGGAGGAACUCUCGAUGGGGUCCUUCAUCAAGGUCAAGCUGGCGUGAUUCACGGGAGGGAGGAUAUGAUAAUGAUCGUAGACCUUCUGUGGGACGCAGAGGUUUUGACCAUGACUCUCGAGGGCCGCGGCGUGUCAGUGAAUCUGCUGAUAAUGAUGAAGUUCCGGAGUGGGUUGAAGACGAUAUUGAAGAUGAUCCAGGCACGUUUGACUCCAAGGGCGUAUUUGUGUCCACAAAAGAGAAUAGACACAGAGAUCCUAGACAAGAGCCAUCCAGUGCAAAUGGAAAUACUAAGAAAAGAGAGGCGGCCCAGAGAGCCUCAGAUGACCCUGGGAAUAAGCCUGGUCGAGGUAGCCCAGCUGAUCCGGGCAAGACCUCGUACGCCUCCUCCCGACCACACAACGGCCUUGCCUCCACAUCGUCGUCAGGAGGGGAGCCGGAUCCCCAGGUCGAGGAGACGCCACAGGCUCCGCCGAAUCCCCGGACAGAUAGCAAGAGGGGAGGGCCUGACUCUGUGGAUGUCCCCAUACUCCCUUCCCGCACAGGCUACUCCAAGAAAGGAGACGGUGAUUCAGGUUUUGCCUUUCCUACCAAAGAAGAGGUGAAUGGAACAAGAGCACCACCAGGCCAGUACAAUGUCUCUCAUGGCCCGGAGACUCACCUGGUCAGCGCUGGGCAGGAAGCCAUGGGGCGGGCACAACAGAGGAGCCUGCCUACUGUGUCAGAAGCAGAAAAUUUCUCCCACGUGGACAAAUCGUUGCAGAGCCUGGUGGCAGAAAUGGCAGCAGACACAGACAGCAAGACAGAGGAUCCCGGGGAUGUGUCUGAGCAGGGUCUGCCUCUCACCCACGAGAAUGCCCACAAGUGGUUCUACAGAGAUCCACAGGGGGAGGUACAAGGCCCAUUCAGCAAUGAAGAUAUGGCCCAGUGGUUCAGUGCUGGCUAUUUCACCAUGAGCCUGAUUGUCAAGCGAGGCUGUGAUGACUCCUUCAAACAACUAGGGGAGCUUAUAAAGCGAUAUGGACGUGUGCCGUUCCUCCCAGGCACUCCUUUGCCCCCUUUGGUGACCUCCAGUGCCCCAACAGAGAUGAUCCCGAAUGUUCCACCCCUCAUCUCGCCGCUGGCUGCCGGAGGUUUGCCCACGCUGGUCAGUGGGGGCAUUCCCGGGGCGCAGGACCCCCUGGUCCACCAGCAGUUACUCUUACAACAGGAGUACUUGAAGCAGACUCUCCUCAUCAGGCAACUCCAGAUGCAGGCGUUACACCAAGUGCAGGAGCAGGAGAGCUUCAAGGGGCUCACCCUGGACCAGCAGCUGCACCUGGCCAUGCAGAUGACCAUGCAGGCCAACCCCAUCGCCAUGCAGCAGAUUCAACAGAUACAGCAGCAGCAGCUAAUUACACAGCAGCAACAGCAGCAACAACAGCAGCAGCAUCAACAGCAACAACAACAACAACAGCAGAAGCAGAACGAGCAGCAAAGAAUUUCUCCGUCCACUGUGCCUUUGGAGAGCAGCAACCCGGGUAUGUCCAUCCCGUCCAGCAUGCCCAUGUCCAGUGGUGACAGCGUCAACAGCCGCAACAGUCCCCUGGUCAGCCACCCGGCCUCUAGUGUAGAGGCUGGAGGAGACGAGGGAGCUGCUGUGUGGGGGCUCAGGCAACAGCAGGCCAGUGUGGCCGGAGGAGGGGCUGGAUGGUCUCAGCCCAGUUCUCUGUGGGACGUGGCUCCCGGAGCUGAGGGAUUGUCUCCUGCCUACCAAGCACAGCUUGAAAAGUUGAAGAAGGAAAGAGAGGAGGCGAGAGUGAAGGAAGAGCGCCUGAGGCAGGAGACGAUUGAGCAGAAGCAGGCAGAGCUUAGAAGGCAGCAGGAGGAACUGGAACAACAGCGGGAGCAGAUGAGGAGGGAGAAGGAGGAGCUAGAGAGACAGAAACAGCACGAGUUACAGAAAAUAGAAGAAGCACGGAGACAGGAGGAGGAACGUCUUCGCCAGCAAGAGGAGGAACGUCUUCGCCAGCAAAAGGAGGAACGUCUGCGCAGACAGCAGGAGGAGCAACAGAGGCAGGAGCUGGAGCGACAAAGGCAAGAAGAGGAAGAGGAAAGGAGGAGGCAGGAAGAGCUGAUGAGACAGGAGGAAGAGAAGAGGAGGGAGAAAGAGUUGCGCAAACAAGAGGAGAAAAAGAAGAAAGAGAAGAAGCAAGUUGAAGAGCACAAGAGGCACUUGGAGGAUCUGAAGAAACGGGAAGAGCAGCGUCUCAUACAGGAAGAAAUGCUGCGACGACAGGAACAGCAGCGACAGGAAGAGGAACGGAUGCGACAGGAGGAGGCAGAGCAGGAGAGACUGAAGGAGGAGGCAGAGAAAGAGAGGCUGAGGGAAGAGGCGGAGAAAGAGCACUUGGAAGCACAAAGGAGACAGCAGACAGAACUUCUUCGACAACAAGAGUCCUUACGGCGUCUCCAGCAGGCCCAGCGGGAGAAGCUUGCCAAUAUUCAGUUACCAGCUGCCAGCAACUGGGCCGCCCAUCAGUCCGCUCAGGCCAAUCCAGUCCAGUCUCGCUCACUCAUGGAAAUUCAAGCUGAGGAGGCCAAAAGGGAGCAGGAGAGGGAGAAGGAGAAACAGCACCAGAUGCAGCAGCAGCAGGAGAGGUCUGUCAUGAUGAGCCAGCAGAAUCAACAAAAGUCUUGGGCCACCCAUGCCUCGCAGAAUGCUCCAAAGGGUCCAUCACUCCUUGAUAUUCAACAACAAGAGCAGGAAAUCUCUCGCAAAUCCAACAAGGAGAAGAAUCAGUCAUCAUAUCAAGCAAAGCUGUCCCUGAACAGUGCCUCAACCUGGUCCAGCGCCGCGGCCACACAGAGCAUGUGGUCCGCCCAGGCGUGGGACUCGGCUGUGGGUGGUGGUACAGCGUCCAGCAUCUGGGAGCAGCCCGCCCCCACUGGCCGCGGUGGCGGCAACACUGGCAGCAGCAACAAGAAAUCUGUGAUCAAGGAAAGUGGAGAGUUCCCUGCUUUGCGGACCCCAGCCCAGUCAGGUGGGAACAAAAGUUCUGGCAAGGCCAACAAGAGCAAGAAUUCUGGUUCCAAGCACAAGAAAGAGGAGGAGACUGUCCAGAAGCUUUUCCAGACCAGCCAGAAGCAGGACAGUUUCAGCGAGUGGGUCAACCAGAGAGUGGCUCAGUUCUCCGCACCUAUCGAUGUGCCCACCUUUGUGUCUUUCAUCGUGGAAGUGGACAACCCUGAAGAUGUGAAAGACUACAUGAAAACAUACUUGGGUGACACCAAAGAGUCUCGUGACUUUGCCCGACAGUUUAUUGAGAAGCGCAGCAGCUUCCGCAACCAGGCUCGUCUGGAGAAGCAGCAGGAGGAGGACAGCAUCUGGGGCCCAGCGCCAGCUGUUAACCCGUAUAACCCAGGCCGUGGAGGGGGAAGCAACUCUGGCAACGCCCCCUCCAAUAUGGAUGGAGGUGAGGGGGGCUCGGGAAAGUCCAAGAACCGCAAGAAGAAGCAGAAGAUGCAAAAACUGGACGGCAGCGUGCUGGGCUUCACCGUGCACUCGGACUCCAACCGCAAGAAUGCAGCGGGGGAGCUGGAGAGUGUUCAGUAAAAAAAAAAUAUAGAAGGAAGUGGAGAGGAUACGAAUUGCCUCUCUGUCACUGACAUACCCCCCACCCACCCAGUCCCCCUUUAGUCUUGUCCCCAUCCCUGGUUUUAACCAUUGAAUCUGCUAUGUUGAGCCUAUUUUAACCUUCCAAAGUCGUCUAAUAAGCCAGAGAGCUAUUAUUACACAUUUUUUUCCCUUAGACUGGGUCAUUCUUUUAGCAGCAAGUUUUAAAAUGAGUUUCUAGGAAUGACUCUGCUGAUUAUACCAAAGCUGUUUUGAUAAUGACUACACAUGUUGGUGUUCGUAUGUACAUCCACCUUCUAAUUGAAUGGAGCUCUCCUUCAGGCCCCCUGACACCCCCCCAUUAUUUUGUUUGUUUGUGCCCCAGCCCCCCACUCUCCUACCCGCCUGGUUACUUCUAGUGAUACCUACUUUUUCUAUGCAUUUCUAUCAUCUCUUACCUGAUGUUGAUACUUCCAUUACAAACAUUUCAGAAUCAAGGAUGAUUGAGAAUACUGGGGAUUUUCUUUUGACACUCAUGUUCAGUGUACUUCAAAGUCAAAGUGGAAUGAAGAAAAAAUUGUGGUCACUGGUGAAAUUUGAGAAACUGAAAACAAGCAUUUUCAUCUCUUUAUUUAUCUGUAUAAUUAUUUAUACAUUCUUUCAAACAUUUAGUUGUUUAGUCAUCGGUUUGAUGAAAAGCACUGUUGGAGAAGCUGUUGUUCUGUUUGAGAGCGUGCGUGUGUGUGUGUGUGUGUGCAUUUGAGCGUUUUUUGCUUGUUGUGGAGAAGAUGUGAUUAGUUUUUCUGAACACAAACCACAGUACCAGGCAAUUGUUAGUAGCGAUUCUGUAUAUAUAUUAUAUAUAUAUAUAUAUAUACAUAUAUAGAUAGAAUGAAGACUUCCUAGCCUUUUCUACAAUGAUUACACAUGCUUUGUUUGCACAAUGGGUGCUUUGAAUGGAUAGGCUCUUGAAAAUAGUCCCCCCUUCACCCCCCCAAAAAUGUUGGUCAUGGCAGUAUUGAUAUCAGGUAUGCAACACCACUCAUCUGUUCCCCUAUGUUGGGUUUUUCAUUCCACCUUCCAAGACUCCCUCCGUUCUGCGUGUCUUCUAUCUCUGCAUUUGUCUGUAUGUUCCCCCUCCCCCAACAAACUGGGUCACACUCGGCUCAUUUUGAUUUUCUUUUUAUUUGGUUUUUAGAUGAUGUAAUGGUAACUUCAGUUGACUUUGACUUUUUUUCCUGAUUGUUGUUUUAUUCACUGUCGUUUGAGCCUUGUUUGGAAGGUUACACAGUAUCAGGGAUGCGUUUCAUUUAAAGUGCUGUCAUAUUAUUGCUUGUUUUGCUCUUUAAUUGUCUUUUACAGACCAAAUCUGCUUCAAGAUACUUUCCUGAGCUAAUGGUUUUGACAAGUGCAGUGGAACUACGAAUUCAACUCUUCAUGUUUUGCCUUUUUUUGUUUGUUGCCUGGUUGAAAAUCAAAUGGAAUUUGCUUUACUAUACCGUGAACAGAGGGAAGUUUAUUUCAGCCACGUUCAGCCAUGGGACCUCAGGUUAGGAAUGAUGUACAGCUGUAACUUUUGGUGAUUGGUGAAGCUGUCCUUUAAGAGAAAAAAGAAAAAUAUCUUCUAGUACAGUCAGAUGUUUCAGACGCCUCUGUGGCACUUGAUAUUUUUAGUGAUAUGAAAUGUGUCUCCCCCCCCCCCUUUUGUCUGUGCCCCUGUAGGUUCUGUCCAUCUACUUUAGUUUUUGCCCUCCAUGGAACGACCAUCACAGUGUUAAUGCGCUUAUGUUUUCUCCAACAAAUAAGUCUCUGUUGUGCACACAGACAGGGCAGGUGGGCUCUGUGGUGUGGUCUGCUCCUUGUACUUGUCUUUAGUGUAACAACUGUUGUUUGUAUCUCGUCCCAGCAAAAACGUCUGUCUCUGUGGUGAGAACAUGUGUUGGCCAGUGGGUGUAUCGGCUGUCUGCUUGAUCGCCCCCUUGUUGUACAGUAGUUG